AUGGCCGCCGCUCACGACUACGACGCCGAGGCCGCGCUGGCCAGGUUCCACGAGUUCCGCGCCGGCGUCCGCGGCCUCGUGGAGUCCGGCGUCGCCGCCGCGGCCGUGCCGCCGCUCUUCACCACAUCCACCAUGCCAACCCCGCAGGCUCCGGCGACCCCGUCGUCGUCCUUCACGGUCCCAGUCGUCGACCUCUCCCUCCCGCGCUCGGACACCGUCGCCCUCGUCCGCGCCGCAGCACGUUCGCGCGGCUUCUUCCACGUCACCAACCAUCGCGUCCCGGCCGGCAUCGUGGCCUCCGCCAUCGCCGCCGUCAGGGCCUUCCACGAGCAGCCCCUCGCCGCGCGCUCGGCGUUCUACUCCCUCCACCCCGUCGGGUCCGUCGCCUACUCCACCAUCCCCAUCACGCAACAACAACAGGGCGUCGUCGACGCUCCGGUCCUGCCAUGGCGCGACUCGCUCCGUGUCCGCUUCGGUCCGGGGGAGCCCGAGCUCGGCAACCUGCCCGCUUGGUGCCGGGACGCGCUGCGGGUGUACCAGCGGCUGCUGAAGGGUUUCGGGGAGGAAAUGGCCUGGCUGCUGUCCGAGGCGCUCGGCGUCGGGGCGGGGCGGCUGGAGCAGGAGCUGCGGGUGAGAGGGUGGCUCAUGGCGUGCCACUACUACCCGCCGUGCCCGGAGCCGGCGAGGGUGGUGGGCAGCCUCGAGCACACGGACCCCGGCGUGUUCACGGUGCUGGUGCAGGAUAGCGUCGGCGGGCUACAGGUGAGAUACCACGACGGAGAUGGGGGUGGGGGUGACGGAGGAGGCGUCUGGGUCGAUGUGGUGCCGGUGGCCGGUGCGCUUCUCGUCAACAUCGGCGACUUGCUCAAGGUGGUUUCAAAUGAUGAAUUCAAGAGCGUGGAGCACAGGGUGGUCAUCAAAUCUAAACAAGAUGCAAGGGUCUCCAUUGCACUCUUCUUCAAUCCUGCCAAGCGUGGCGAUUCAGACCGUUUUGGGCCUCUCCCGGAGCUGGUGACAGCAGAAAGGCCUGCACGGUACGGGAAUUUCACAUUUUUUGAGUUCAUGAGUUCUAGAAGAAAGCUCGGUCAUAGCAGAUCGUCCAUUCAACGCUUGAAGGUGACCUCGAAUUAA